UGAUAGGCUCGUUCCGUUCCUAUCUUUUCACCCAUAUUUUGAGUGUUAAUUGUCUAAUUCUUAUAAUUAACCGGGUGACUAUUGGGAGUUUUGAGUGAAAAUUUGCUAUUUUUCGGUACCGGUGGCAUUCAUUUUCAGUUUAGUAUUUUUCACGCAAAUUGACAUUUUUGGAGUAAUUUGAUUGUAAAAAUGCAUAUGAUUAGCGGUUGUGGUGAGUUGUGAUUGUUACUUCCGAAUUGUGGUGGACACACAUUUUUUUUUGUUGAGGCUGGACAAUUCGAUGGCUCUUGAAAAAUAUUAGGCGCAGCAGCCCAAUUAAAGAAAAAAGGCAGCACCGACUAGCAGCCCAAAAAAAAAAAAAGAGAAAAAGAUGAGCUGAGUUUUAAUCCCUGGAGCCGCAUGACAACUUCCAUUCCAUUCAUUCUCCUUAUCUUCACAAAAACGCAACAGUUAGAAGACCAAGCACCUGCAAUUUUUCUUUUCUGUUCAUUUAGCAACAAGCAGUAGGUAGAAAUUUUUCCUUUCGUUUCUGGUCAAUUAGCCGCAGCAAGCCUCAAGAAUCUGGGAGGGCUCUAAACUUCACUUUUCUUUCAAUUGCUUCCCUUCUAAUUUAGAUUUUGAGCAAGUAUUGUAAGUUUACUCAUCAUUUACAUCAUUAGUUCUUGAAUUUGGAUUGAAUUUCGAAUAUGUUUGUCUCCAAGUAGUAAUUUCAGAUUUUCCAUUAAGUACUCAUAAUCCAGUUUUUAUCUAGCUCCUUAUCAUGCUAAUCAAUAUUAUUGUGAUGUUAAUUUUAAUUAUGAGUAGCUAAUUUCAUAUAGGGUUUGAAUUGGGGCUAGGGUUCAUGGGUUCUUGAGGGUGUGAAUUUAGUUUUUUGAAAUUCAAUUAAUUUUCUGGAACAUUGUAUGAGACUAGUCAUAAUUGUCUAUAUGAAUUUGAUCACCUCAUAUAUGAAUUUCUGGAUUUAAUUCAAUUCUUGUCUAUGAGAAAUUGAGUUAAAUUAGCUCGGAUCUUGUACAAGCAAUUUGAUCUUAGAAAUAAGUUAGGAUUGUGAAAAUAUGAUUUAAUUCUUGUCUAUGAGAAUUUAUUUCAUUUUCUUUCCAGGAGUAAUUGAGAAUUAAUUAACUUAAUUCUAAUCCCGAAAGAACACCCAGAACCCGAACCGUCCAAUUUGAACCCUGUUUUAAUAUUCUGAAUCAAUUUACUUAUUUUUUUCAUCUAUUUAUUUUUGCACUUGCUGUUAGUUAAUUUUUUUAAUCACCCAUAAAAAAGAAAUUAUUCGGAAAGAUUACCAUGACUUGUGCUAGCCUGUGAUCACAGAUUGUAUUUAAAACUUCCUUUUUGCCACUCCUUGAGAGACGAUACUCGUGGUCUGGUUAUUCUUCGGAUUAGCCAACUACGUUUUACUCACUAAAAAAUACACCGAUCAAAUGGCGCCGUUGCCGGGGAGUGGCACGGUUGUUUGUUAAGUACUUUUCUGUGGAAUAGGUAAAAGCAAGUCGGUGAGACUUUCUAUUUUUUUUCCUGUUAUUUGUGUGUCGUUUUUUGUGUUCUUUGCAUGUGAACUAAGCUGCAGGAACAAGUGCAUGCGCACUCGCUCCUCGGGAAAACAAGAUUUAAUUGCAGGUUAUUCUGAUCCUGAACGCUUAUUCCGAGGAAGAGCUAAAAGGCGUUUUCUAGAAGACUUGGAGAAAAUGGCCGAUCAGACAACUCUAGAGACACUGACGCCUAACUAUGUGGCGAGAAAUAGCAUUGGAGCACCCACCAUUGAGGCCAACAAUUUUGAAAUCAAGCCGGCCAUGAUCCAGAUGCUUGCUAAUAAUCCAUUCUGUGGAUACACUCAUGAAGAUCCAAUGGAGCAUAUUGAGAGCUUUAUUCAGACUUGUGCCACAUUCAAAUAUAAUGGAGCGUCUAGCGAAGCAGUCAAGUUGACUUUAUUUCCAUUCUCGUUGAAAGACAAAGCUUCACGGUGGCUCCGUAGCUUUCCAAAUGGGCACUUUGAUACAUGGGAGAAGCUUCAUCAGGCAUUUAUGCAGGAGUAUUUUCCUCCCUCUGCCGCUAUCAAGAUUCAGACAGAAAUUCUCAAUUUCACUCAAGCUCCGACCGAAUCUUUCAGUAAAGCGUGGGAUAGGCUGAAGACACUGAAAAGGAAGUGCCCUGAAACAUUCAUGAAUGCAGCAACAAUUAUGUGCAGAUUUUAUAAUGGUCUUCGGUUGGAGUAUAUGAGAGAACUCGAUCGGGCAUCUCAAGGGGGUAUGUUUCUAAAAUUAUCCCCACAGGCAGAAGAACAAAUAAUUGAAAACCUGGCUUCAAUUGAUAAGUAUUGGUAUGCGGGCAAGGAGAGAACUCAAAAUCCACCCGGUUUGCUCAAUCUUGAUCCCAUCACUGCACUUACAGCGAAGAUUGAGGGACUGGCAGUGGACGUGAAAGACUUGAAGGCACAGACUUCUCACCAGCAACAGGUCCAUAAUUUUGGAGCAUAUCAGCCCUCUUAUCCUAUGUAUUCUGCCCCACUUCCUGUUCGAGCAAGCUAUCCAAGCCCAACCGGCCAAGAACUCGCUUUAUCUUGCGAGAUGUGCAUGGGAGCUCACCUCACUCACACCUGCCCUCUUUAUGUUCAAAAUCAGGCACCACCAGUGGUCCAGAACAUCAAUUUCAUGGAUUACAAUCAAGGCCAGAGAGGUGGUGGGCAGUUUUUCAACAACCAAGUUCAGAGAGGAAACUUUCAGCAAGUAGGAGGCACGUGGAGGCCUGAAAAUCAGAAUCAAGGGCAGCGAAAUGCUCCUAAUUUUCAAGGAAAUUUUCAGAACAGAGGCAAUUCAAUUCAGCCCACUUAUAUCCCGCCUCAUCAAAGACAACUUGAGCAGCCUCCUGUAAAUGUAGCGUUAGAGAAAACAGUGGCUGAAUUAGCCAAAAACCAAGCGGUGAUGCACCAGCGUUUUAGCAACCUUGAAGCUCUUAUCCGCCAGCUUGGCUCAAGUGCUUCAAGGGAACCGGGCAGCCUUCCGAGUUCAACAGAACCCAAUCCAAGGGAGCAAGUGCAGGCAGUUACACUACGCAGCGGGAGAACCCUUAAAGAAGAUGAUAUUCUGCCAGUACCUCAACAAAAAGAGGACCAGCAACCUCAAGGCUCGGAUUCCCAGAAGGUUGAAGAAGAACAAGUGGAUGCUCCCUGUUCAGCCAAGAGUGAAGAAGCUCAGAAGAAAGAGGAGAGUAAGAAGACUCCACCCCUUCCAUUCCCUACACGGGUAAAGAAGAGCAACGAUAACACAAACUUGAUUAGAUUUAUGGAGCAUCUGAAGCAGCUCCAUAUCAAUAUGCCAUUCAUGGAGGCUUUGACAGAGAUGCCGAGGUAUGCAAAAUUUAUGAAGGACCUCCUCACGAAAAAGAGGAGGUGGGAAGAGCCAGAAGUUGUGGAUCUCAAUGCAGAAUGUUCAGCAGUUGUUCUGAAGACCAUGCCUCCGAAACAAAAAGAUCCAGGGAGUUUUCUUGUACCUUGUUCUAUUGAAAACUUUAAGUUUAAUAAUGCUUUAGCUGAUUUAGGAGCGAGCAUCAAUUUGAUGCCUUCCUCUGUGGUCAUGAAACUUGGCUUGGGUGAACUUAAGCCCACUCGUAUGAGCCUCCAGCUAGCGGACCGAUCAGUGAAAUACCCGAAAGGAAUUCUAGAGGAUGUAUUAGUACGGGUGGAAAAGUUCAUAUUCCCUGUUGAUUUUGUUGUCAUGGACAUGGAGGAAGAUCGUGAGACUCCACUUAUUUUAGGGAGGCCCUUCCUGGCUACUGCUAGGGCCCUUGUUGAUGUUGCUGAUGGUUCACUUUCUCUGAGAGUUGGGGACGAUGUGUGUACAUUUAAACUCUCAGAUGUGAUGAGUAAGGCCUCAGACUCCGCUGAAUCAUGCCAUUAUCUUGACAUGUUUGAGUCAGUGGAGGGGUAUUUAUUUGGAGGCGAUAGUGAUAUUACCCCACCCGUUAGUGAGACUCAUUAUGUGGGGGAUGUAGUCGCUGAAAAUGAAGAAGAAAUGACUGUUGAUUGCGAGCAGGUGAUUAGGGAUGAUGUUUUCCCUGAGUUGCUUACUGAGUUUGAGGAGCAGUCCACUGAUAAGGUUACUCCUAAACUCAAACCGCUCCCUAGUCACCUGGAGUAUGCGUUUUUGGACACAGAGGGCCAGCACCCUGUUAUUAUUUCAGCUCAGUUAGAGUCGGGACAAAAGGAAAAAUUGGUGACAUUUAUGCGUUGUAUGAUAGCUAUCUUUAAAAAGUUUAUUGGUGACUUUAAGGAGGUUCUAAGCCUUGAGCCAGGUUAGGAAUGAGAAUCUUUGUCAAGCUAGUGACGUUAAAGAAGCGCUUUUGGGAGGCAACCCACCUUAUAAAAAACAUUAAAAAAAAUAGAAUUAGGAGUUUUUUUUUUGUUUUUGUUUUCUUUUGCAUUUUUAUUUCAUUGUUUUUUGUUUUUAUCUCGGAGUUGUGCGGUUGGAUUUCUUUGCCUUGAAUUGCAGGUGUCGCAUGGGAGUUUAUGAUCUGAUUUUGGAAGAAUUGCUGCCCUAUGUAAAUGGGGUUACUCAGAGCUACACGCUGCAAUUUACUUCACAGAAGGUGAGAGUGAUAUUUGAACUGGGAUUCAACUUCAGACACUCCUAGGGACAGAAACUUGGCAGCAGCAGAGGAACAUUUCUGGGCAGAUUCUGGGAGAUUCUGGACGGUGUGAGGUGACGACUUUUGAGGCCAGAACAGCUGGUCCUUGGCCUUUGAGUGUGUAGUUCUUUCUUUGUCAGCAGGAGCAUCACAUUACAUAAGGGAGGGAACAAUUGGAUGACUAACACGCUCCCAUCGAGUUCAGUUUUCAGUGGACAUGAUUUCAGCAUUCCAGUGGCAGAAUUCAGUGGCACCUAUACACUGAGGAGACCGAUUUCAGAUUUAUUAUGGAGGUUAUUCACCGUCGUUUGGCUUGUACGGUAUUCUGCCAACUUUUACUACACUGCUAAGAAUGUGUGUUUACUCUUAUAUUACUCCUCUUGUGUGAUUUGUGUUGAUUAUUAUUCUGAUUAUGAUGUGUUGCCGGGCUGAAAAUCAUUUUAUUCGUUAACUUGCCCCUGCUAUUUUUGCUUUCAAAUCUUUUCUUUGACCUCGAGGGCGAUGUCACCCCUAAGUGUGGGGAGGUUUGGUUGUAGCUUGGACAUGGCAUUUGGUGAUGAAGUUAUUCUGCCCAACAACAUUUUGAGGUGCACGUGGUUUUUUUCUAGUUUAGCAACGCAACAGAGGUAACUUGUUAAUCUUUAUUUUCUUUUGUAAACUUCCAUCUCCUUCAUCUUUCUUGGAAAGAAUUAGUAAUGGUGUAAUCAUCGGGGUGGUGUGUAUAUUCUUGGGAAUGUUGGCAUGUUGGAUGGUUUGAUUUGUGGUGAUUAAAUUCGGUGUUACUCGUGAUUCACUUGUUCGUCAUCAAUAAUUCAUCAAUAAUUCAUUGACUGACCAGGUGUUGAAAAUCCUUACUCCGUAAGGAGCUCUGCUUUCUAAGCAUAUCGGGAUAACGUCAUGCUAAGCAGGUAACUGAUUCUUGUAAUGGGGUUACACUUUGUGUGUCGAGAAUUUCAUCCCCGAAAUGGGGCUCUGCUCAUCUCGCGAAUCACCUCGUGUGAGAGUUGAGUACACAGUAAUGAGAUAAACUCCUAGGCCCUAGAGCUUGAAUCAGUCCUGUAAUCUAGAACCUGGUCAACUUUACAUAUUCAAAAAAAAAAAAAAAAAAAGAAUCACGAGUAUUCCGAGUUUUAUCACACAAUUCUUGGUUUUUUUUGGAAUGAUUGGUGGUUUGAAUUUCACACACCUACACCGUUGGGAUCCUCAUGCUUUUCUCUACAUUUUAGUCGGUUGGAGAGGAAUUUUACUUUUGAAAAUAUUGUUUAACAUGUGAAUCUUGGUUCCGUUGUUAAGAAAGAAAAGACCUUGUGCAAUCAUUUGUUUUGGGUGUGAAUGAUUUUUGAACCAGGUGUUGCAUGUGAUUAUUUAUGUUUUCCGUGGGUUUAAUGCAUUGUUGCUUGGGGGCAAGCAACGCUCAAGUGUGGGGAGAUUUGAUAGGCUCGUUCCGUUCCUAUCUUUUCACCCAUAUUUUGAGUGUUAAUUGUCUAAUUCUUAUAAUUAACCGGGUGACUAUUGGGAGUUUUGAGUGAAAAUUUGCUAUUUUUCGGUACCGGUGGCAUUCAUUUUCAGUUUAGUAUUUUUCACGCAAAUUGACAUUUUUGGAGUAAUUUGAUUGUAAAAAUGCAUAUGAUUAGCGGUUGUGGUGAGUUGUGAUUGUUACUUCCGAAUUGUGGUGGACACACAUUUUUUUUUGUUGAGGCUGGACAAUUCGAUGGCUCUUGAAAAAUAUUAGGCGCAGCAGCCCAAUUAAAGAAAAAAGGCAGCACCGACUAGCAGCCCAAAAAAAAAAAAAGAGAAAAAGAUGAGCUGAGUUUUAAUCCCUGGAGCCGCAUGACAACUUCCAUUCCAUUCAUUCUCCUUAUCUUCACAAAAACGCAACAGUUAGAAGACCAAGCACCUGCAAUUUUUCUUUUCUGUUCAUUUAGCAACAAGCAGUAGGUAGAAAUUUUUCCUUUCGUUUCUGGUCAAUUAGCCGCAGCAAGCCUCAAGAAUCUGGGAGGGCUCUAAACUUCACUUUUCUUUCAAUUGCUUCCCUUCUAAUUUAGAUUUUGAGCAAGUAUUGUAAGUUUACUCAUCAUUUACAUCAUUAGUUCUUGAAUUUGGAUUGAAUUUCGAAUAUGUUUGUCUCCAAGUAGUAAUUUCAGAUUUUCCAUUAAGUACUCAUAAUCCAGUUUUUAUCUAGCUCCUUAUCAUGCUAAUCAAUAUUAUUGUGAUGUUAAUUUUAAUUAUGAGUAGCUAAUUUCAUAUAGGGUUUGAAUUGGGGCUAGGGUUCAUGGGUUCUUGAGGGUGUGAAUUUAGUUUUUUGAAAUUCAAUUAAUUUUCUGGAACAUUGUAUGAGACUAGUCAUAAUUGUCUAUAUGAAUUUGAUCACCUCAUAUAUGAAUUUCUGGAUUUAAUUCAAUUCUUGUCUAUGAGAAAUUGAGUUAAAUUAGCUCGGAUCUUGUACAAGCAAUUUGAUCUUAGAAAUAAGUUAGGAUUGUGAAAAUAUGAUUUAAUUCUUGUCUAUGAGAAUUUAUUUCAUUUUCUUUCCAGGAGUAAUUGAGAAUUAAUUAACUUAAUUCUAAUCCCGAAAGAACACCCAGAACCCGAACCGUCCAAUUUGAACCCUGUUUUAAUAUUCUGAAUCAAUUUACUUAUUUUUUUCAUCUAUUUAUUUUUGCACUUGCUGUUAGUUAAUUUUUUUAAUCACCCAUAAAAAAGAAAUUAUUCGGAAAGAUUACCAUGACUUGUGCUAGCCUGUGAUCACAGAUUGUAUUUAAAACUUCCUUUUUGCCACUCCUUGAGAGACGAUACUCGUGGUCUGGUUAUUCUUCGGAUUAGCCAACUACGUUUUACUCACUAAAAAAAUAC